AACGAAUUUUGCUGUGCACGUUCUUUCGCAUAUUGGAAUCUUGAGUGGCACGGUAUACCGCGUUCCGUAUACAUCCAUGUCCGGGCCCGUGACGGAAGGCGAAGCUGUUGCUUGCAACCUCUUGGGGGCCAUCGUGCGGGCGGGAGCGAGCCGCCAUGUCGUGGCAGCGACCGCAGCCGCUUUUUUGGCGUCUCAUCCUGAGCUGCGAGGCGGCCGACACAGCCACGCUCGACACCAGCGACUCCGAUAUCAAGGCGGAGGUCGACGCUCGGUUCGACAUGGCCCGUCCUGCUUUGGAAGGCUUCGUUCGAGCUGGGCGGCAAGGGGUGCGAGCAAACCUCGACGGGUCCACCAAAGCUUUCCGCAACUGCGCCUCGCACAAUAGCCUUGGAGCUGGCGAGGGAGCACUGCCAAAGUCCGGCAGAGAAGCGAAGCAGAAGCAGAAGAGGCGUGGCAGGGCCGCUCCAGAUGGCUCGCAGCCUGCUUCCACGCCUGUUUCGGCGCCCAGUAUUACAUCGGCUUCAACAUCUUCACCUGAGAACGACCCGUCUGCCUCUGACCUUGGUUGUCCAGCGGAGGAACGUGAUGAGCAAGAAGAGCAGCGUGAAGCGGUUCCUCCGAACCCCAACAGAUCUGCUACGCAGACGGAUGCCCUGUGCUACGAGUGCGCCCUCACCUCGCCUCUGGGCCAAUGGGCCUAUGCGGCCGUGCUGGCAGACGAAUUGGCGCACUCUGCAGGGAUCGUUUCUCGCACCACGGCACCCGCGGAGACCUCCCACACAGAGUUUUUCGAUUUGGCUGCUGACGACAAGUCGGGCCAGAGCGCCGACGAAGCGCAGAACGACUCCUUCAGCAGCAUGGAGGAGACCGCGGCUGACACGGCGCUGUGGGCCAAGGAGUACACAGACAGAUUGGGGGAGACAGGCUUUUUGGCGGAGCAGGUGGCUUCUCUCCAGCACCUGGACGCCUCCUCGCCUGAGGCGGAGAAGGCUGUGCACGACCUAGUUGCGAAGCUGGCGAUCGCAAACGGCCACGCCAUCGACUGGGAGAAGUUCCGCGAGAACUACCCGGCACGAUCGCUGCAGCAGAGUCGCGUCUCGAGGGACUACAAGGCCUUCUUCGACAGCGGCUACCGCGAGUACAGCCAUAAAACCGACGCCGGCACGGGCUGCACCUUCUGGAAUGGCCGCAACGACGCCAAGUUGUGCCAGGAGCGCAUGGCCAAGGUCAUGCGCCUCUUCCGCGAGAAGUACCCGGGCCUCCCGGCCUGCGAGGAGCUCCCGCCCCCGCCCUGCGACUUCGACGGGUGGUACACGGACUCCACGGGCGUCAAGGAGUUCGACUGGGAGCCGAUCCACAACCCGGUCAAUCCCACCGGCCUGACGAAGGCCGCCACGUGA